AUGAGAAGAUUCUUGGUUGAUAGAAGUUUACUGUCUGAACCACAAGGUCAAGGUGCAGCACAACCAAACCCACCACAAGCUCAAUCUAGAGGUGGCAGCGAGAUCAAUUUAGAUGAGAUUGUAAGCGAUCCUGCACUUAGAAAACCUAUACAUGAGUAUGCUCCAGAGAUUCGUGACCAAAUUAAAAGGGCAUACAUAUUGAAGGGACCAACACAACCUAUUGUUAAUUUCCCUAAGAAGAAAUUUGGUGAUUCUAGUAGGGCUUUUCAACAAGCAUGGUACAAGAAAUUUGAUUGGUUAGAAUAUAGUGUGUCCAAGGAUGCAGCAUUUUGUUUCUAUUGUUUUCUCUUCAAGGAACCAGGAAGGGCAGAAUUUCAUGGAUUUGAUGUAUUCAAUAAACUAGGAUUUAAUAAUUGGAAGAUGGCAUAUAAAUCAUUGCCUGAGCAUGUUGGUGGUAUAAAUAGUGGUCACAACAAAUGUGUCGAACAAUGUGAUGAUUUUAAAAAUCAAAGGCAAAGUAUAUCAAGUAAGCUCUCAAGUGCGACUAGAGAAGCCGAAGAAUUAUAUCAGACGCGUUUGACUUCAUCUCUAGAGUGCUUGAUGUUUCUUAUAGGACAAGGAAUGGCUUUUCGUGGGCAUGAUGAAUCCUCGUCCUCUCUAAACAAGGGUAAUUUUCUAGAGAUGAUAGAUUGGUACAAAGAACAUAAUGAAUCAGUGAGACAUGCUUUCAACCGUGGUGGUUUGAAUUGUCAAAUGAUUUCUCCAAAAAUUCAAAAAGAUCUUGCAAGAUGUUGUGCGGAAGAGGUCACUGAUGUGAUCAUGGGAGAACUUGGUGAUAGGCAUUUCUCCAUACUAAUUGAUGAGUCUCGUGAUAUAUCCGUAAAAGAGCAAAUGGCGGUAAUGUUGAGGUAUGUCAACAAUCAAGGAAAGGUUGUGGAACGAUUUCUUGCACUACAACAUGUCAUUGAUACCACAUCCGAGUCACUAAAGGUAUCUUUGCUUGCUCUUCUUGACAAAUACAACUUAUCAAUUUCGAAGAUAAGAGGGCAAGGAUAUGAUGGUGCAUCAAAUAUGAGAGGUGAAUUUAAUGUCUUGCAAAGGAAAAUCUUAGAGGAAAAUCCAUAUGCUACAUAUGUUCAUUGCUUUGCCCAUCAAUUGCAAUUAGUGGUUGUCUCAGUUGCUAGUUGUUGCUCUUCUAUUCGAGAUUUCUUUGAUUAUGUCUCUUUAAUUGUGACCACUGCAAGUACAUCUUGUAAGAGAAGAGAAGCUUUGGUAGAACAUCAUCAUGAAAGACUUUUGUUGCUACUUGAUAGUGGUGAGGUAAGUACAGGAAGGGGGCAACUACAGGAAACCAACCUUACUAGGCCUGGUGAUACUAGGUGGGGUUCACAUCAAAAAACUUUGUUACGUAUAGAGCUAAUGUGGGACUCUGUUAUAGAAGUGCUUGGGAUUGUUGAAAGGGAUGGACGCAUAUCAUCUGCAGCUGGGGGGUUGAUUGAAAAAAUGGAGAAUUUUAAGUUUGUCUUCAUUUUAAAGCUUAUGGGUAACUUGUUUUCUAUCACAAAUGAUCUUUCACAAGUCUUGCAAAGGAAGGAUAUAAAUAUUAUCCAUGCCAUUGAUUUAGUUGAUGAUGUGAAAUAUCAAUUGAUUGCCUUGAGGGAUCAUGGUUGGGAAGACUUUCUUGAUGAGGUCAAAAAGUUUUGUGAAGCAAAAUGUGUUCCGGUGCCAAAUAUGGAUGAUGAGAUACCAUGUAGAAGCCGCUCAAGGCGUGAAAGGAUUAUGAUCACAAAUCUUCAUCACUACCGUGUUGAGCUUUUUUAUGUCACAAUUGAUCAAAUCAUUGUUGAUAUGAAUCAUCGGUUUAAUGAAGCAACUACAGAGAUCUUAACAUGCUUUUCAUGUCUUGAUCCAAAGAACAAUUUCCCCAAGUUUGACACCAAUAAGCUCUUCCGGCUUGCUGAAAUUUAUGAUGCGGAUUUCUCUAAUAGUGAUCGUGCUUUAAUAAGGGGCCAACUUGAGACUUAUAUACUACAAGUUAGAAGGCAUGCUGCUUUUGCAUCUUGUAAAGAUGUAGCAAGUUUGGCUAUGAAGAUGGUUGAAACGGGGAAGCACUUGGUUUUUCCAUUGGUAUACAAAUUAAUUGAGUUGGUUUUGAUAUUGCCCGUGUCAACGGCAUCUGUUGAAAGAUCUUUCUCAGCCAUGAAAAUCAUUAAGUCCAAAUUACGCAAUAAGAUUGGAGAUGAGUGGUUCAAUCAUUUGAUGGUGUGCUAUACGGAGCGUGAGAUAUUCAAGGGUCUUAAUGAUGAUACAAUCAUGCGAAGGUUCCAAAACAUUAAGACAAGAAAAAUGAAUUUACCUCGUCAUAGAAAUUAUUGCCCCAAGAAGGGCAAAUCGGAGUCUGGCCCGCGCAACCAUCACUCUAGUCGGUGCAAGGGCAAGUACUCCUCCGGCAAGUACAAGUCCAAGGGAGGAUUCAACAAGGAGGCGCUCAAGAAGAAGUACCUUCAGAAGGCAAAGAUCAAGGAGCGUGUCUUCCUUGCCUCCCUCAGUGACCUCGACCACGACUCCGAUGAUAUUGUAUCUUCCUCGAGCGACGAGGAGACUGAGAGGCGAGUCGAGGACAAGCUGAACAGGUUGUGCUUCAUCACCGACACCGCAGGAGGCUUCUGCACCAUGGCACUUGGUGAGGACGUGGUCGACACCAACGACAAUAAAGACAUCGGCGAUGACACUACUUUUGAGGUACUACCUGCCGCCGACGAUCUCGCUGUUGAGAUAGAAGAGCUGAACGCUGCUUUGGCUAGUCAGGAUAAGUUGCCUAGGCAGGCUUCUCGUGAGAGGAGAGAGUUUAGAUCCAAGUAUGAGAGCAUGCUUAGGGAACUUGAGUCUGCUAGAGCUUCAGUUGAGGUGUCCGACGAGACUGAAUGUGAUGAGUGCGCUCUACACAUGUCGAACAUCAACACUUUGCAGACCAAUCUGAGCUAG